UGUCCCUCCCCUUCUCUGCCCCCCCUCCCUCUCUGUCAUACACUCACAUGCACUCUCAUACACUAAGAGACACACUCUUCUUUCCACACAUCUAUACAUAAACACAUACACAACACACAUGUUCCCUCACACACACGCGCAGCCACUCAGUCCAUCAGAGUCCAACAUACCUGUGCAGGCUGGGGGAAGCGCUAGUAGAGGGGGUUUUCAGCAGCAACGUCUCUGAGGGUGCUCUGCUGUCAUUUGGGGGAAGAAGCCGGUCUCAAUUGGUUCCUCUUUCUUCUUCCUCUCAUUCCUGGAAUGCUAAAACUGGACUGAUGGACAUUUCAGAACUUUGUCUUCCAGACCCUCUCAGCUAUCAUAACCAGGCUUUGUUGUCCAAUUCAUUAGAGAGAUUCCUGAGUCCACUGGCCACGCUGGAGCCUUCUCAUUUCUGGCUGCUGAAUAGAAUGGCCGCUGAUGACCGGCACCUACCCUCCAGCUGUGGGUCCUACAUCAAAACAGAGCCAUCCAGUCCAUCUUCGGUCAUCGACACGGUCAGCCACCACAGUCCCAGCGGCAACUCAGAUGCUAGCGGCGGCUAUGUGAGCACCAUGAACAGCCACUCCAACGGCCUGGACUCUCCACCUAUGUUCACCCCUGGCGGGCUAGGAGCCGGCACCUGCCGCAAGCGCUAUGACGACUGCUCCAGCACUAUCAUGGAGGACUCGUCCAUAAAGUGCGAAUACAUGUUGAACUCCCUCCCCAAGAGGCUGUGCCUGGUCUGUGGAGAUAUAGCCUCGGGGUAUCACUAUGGUGUGGCCUCUUGUGAGGCCUGCAAAGCCUUUUUUAAAAGGACAAUACAAGGCAACAUUGAAUACAGCUGUCCUGCCACAAAUGAGUGUGAGAUCACUAAAAGGAGACGCAAAUCAUGUCAGGCAUGUCGCUUCAUGAAAUGCCUCAAAGUGGGGAUGCUGAAAGAAGGUAAGAAGAGGGUUCGCCUGGACCGAGUGCGAGGGGGCAGACAGAAGUACAAGCGGAGGUUGGACACUGAAAACAACCCAUACCUGGGCUUGGCGCUUCCCCCUCCUACCAAAAAGCCUCUCACAAAAAUAGUGUCUCACCUGUUGGUGGCGGAGCCAGAGAAGAUCUACGCCAUGCCUGACCCCACCAUGCCAGAGAGCGACAUCAAGGCUCUGACCACAUUGUGUGACCUGGCUGACCGCGAGCUGGUCGUCAUCAUCGGCUGGGCGAAGCACAUCCCAGGCUUUUCAACUUUGUCUUUGGGAGACCAGAUGAGUCUGCUGCAGAGCGCCUGGAUGGAGAUCCUCAUCCUCAGCAUCGUGUUCCGCUCACUGCCCUACGAGGACGAGCUGGUGUACGCCGAGGACUACAUCAUGGACGAGGAGCACUCGCGGCUGACGGGGCUGCUUGACCUCUACGUCUCCAUCCUGCAGCUGGUCCGCAAAUAUAAGAAGCUGAAAGUGGAGAAGGAGGAGUUUGUCACCCUCAAGGCCAUCGCUCUCGCCAACUCAGACUCCAUGCACAUAGAGGACAUGGAGGCGGUGCAGAAGCUGCAGGACGCUCUGCAUGAGGCCCUGCAGGACUACGAGAGCAGCCAGCACCAGGAGGACCCGCGACGGGCGGGAAAGCUGCUCAUGACCCUGCCCUUGCUGAGGCAGACGGCCACCAAGGCUGUGCAGCACUUUUACAGCAUCAAGGUGCAGGGCAAGGUGCCCAUGCACAAACUGUUCCUGGAGAUGCUAGAGGCCAAGGUCUGAUUGCUGGAGCUACUUUAGUGCUGCAGAGUGAGACUUUUUGGGUGCUCUGGAGGAGGAGACCUCAGCUAGGCGAGGCAGCACACAGACGGACCUCACUCCUCCUGCACCACUGGGACACCAUCCAAAAAAGAGAAGAAACUUGGUUAUUAGUAUAAAUGUAAGAAUGAUCAAGAUUAAUUUAAAAUAUAUAUGAAAUACUAUGUACAGUAAUAAUUUUUUUUGUCAAUUGUUGGUGGUCAUGCACCCUGGUGUCCCUCAGCAUCUUCAGAAUAAGUAGACAGACUCCAGUAAGAAUAAUUAUUUCUUUUUUUCAAUUUGUUCUGAAGACAGCAGAAGUGUGGAAGGCACUAAUGUAUUUCUGUCUGGACUGGACAGGACAUGUAUAUUUAUUACCGCAAGACUGAGUGUACAGUUUAAAGUCUGUUGAUGUCGGUGGCCAUUUUCGCUCGCCCUCCACUCGCAGGGAGGGGAGGGAGAAAGAAAAAAACGACUUAAAUGUGAACCGUUAACAGCUCAAACGUCCUCGGAUAUUUACAGUACCUCUCAAGAGCAGUGUGGAACCGUCUCAGACUGGAAGGCUUGUUUAACCAAACUAGCUUAGGCAGUUACAGUAGUCGGUAGUCUUCUUCUGUAGUGACUCAGCAAUAAACGACGGUGUGGGAACGCCAGGCUCAACCUUUCUAUCUUUCAUGUGCUAUGUUGCUGCUGUUGCCAGAAGGCCGUGCCUGCUUGCUUCGCUCCAUCACACACACACACACGGACACCCAUGUAGCCCCAAAUUUGUCAUUUUUGAGGCUAUAAGUGGAAGAUGAUCAACUGUAUCAAAGGCUUUACACAGAAUGGCAGCAGUCCAGGAGAUUCCAUGUUCUAACAAUCACAGGCCCAUAUGUCAAGCGCUCUAUUUUGGAACCCUUUAAGCCUGUGGCAGAGUCAUCCCACACACUGCGAGCAAGGUGCCCAGCAUCUGCUCUCGCCAUCUUAGACACUUCUCGUUUUUAAAUAGCUGUGUUGGCAUUUAUAGAGCCUGGACCAAACCAAGGUAAAUGGCAGGUGCAGAGCAGGAGUGGCGGCGGCACUUCACACUGGGUUUAUUUUUAAACCUGCAGGAGGUUGUUGUCUGCGCGGCGGCAGGCAUGUGGGCCGCUUCUUGACCCUCAUGUUGACACAGUGGCCGGUGCUGACUGAAUAACACCAGCGCCCAGCAGCAGCCCUGUGUGGGGAGAGCGUCCACAUGCGAAUAGCUAUGCAAGAAACAAAGUGUCAGCAUGCUCCAAAGGGUAACAGCAGGCCAACAAUGUGUCACUACAAGGUGUCAUCUCUGCUGGGAGAAGGAGAUCUUAAGCUCCCAUUUAGCUCCAUGUGCAUUGCGCUGGGUGUGAGCUACACUCUUGUCCAGUGCAGCACACUUGUGAGAGGUGUGCGCUUGUACUACUGAAAGAUUUUAUGUGAUGUGAUAAACGGUGGCGCUGUCACAAAAAAUAUGAUACCCCGAUCAAAGGAAUAGAAAGAGUGAAGCAGAGCUGCCGCCAUGCUUGCAGUAUCAAUGGCUAGCACUUAUCCAGUUGCUGCAAUUCUGUUUUACAGCACCCUGGGGCCCAUGUUAUGAAGGAAGAACACUCCCAACUUGAACUCUACAAUUGUCCACUCGCUGUUGUGCAACACAGCAGGCGCUUCUUGUGAGUGAAACCAUGCUAAAAGCAUGCUCUGACCUGCAUUUGGAACAAUUUCUAAUGCUCAUCAGUAACUGAGUUCCUCUAAUCAAUCACUUGUAACCUGUAUAUCAGAUUAAGAUUACUUUGCUCAACUGGCAAGGAAAAAAAAACAUUUGUGCUUGUUUAAAUGAAACUGCAUUAUAAAGGAAAUGUUUUUAAAACUUACUUUUUUUGUAGUGGACAAAAGAAGGGUUUUAUCUUUUAUUUUCACUUUGCAAUGUGGCAGUGUUGGAAUGGAACAUGUCUUACAAUACAAGCUAAGUGUGUAAAUAUCAAUCAGCCUCAGUCAGGCCAGUAGGUUGCCAUUGAAAAUAAAGUAUGCAGCGCCCUGCUGACUACUACCUCAUGAUCAUAUUGUCGAUAUUUCUCUGAUUCAACCAUCUUUACGUGUCUGUGACAUAACCUGAGCCAUCCAUGUUGUUAUCCCCUUCAGUGCUCCUGCCAAAUAUAUUUGGAACUGUAAUUACUGGCCGUCCCUUUCAUUGUUCACUGAUCUGUUUGUAAAGGUAACGCAUGCUUCACCUUGACUCUGACCACCCAUUACCCCUCCCCAUGUUGGUUACUAAGCGGGUAUGUUUCUUUUCUUCCUUUUUUUUCAACAGUGUGUCACGAUUGGUUGCUCACUGAUGGACUGCAGACAGGGACUCCCUGCUUCUGUGUUAUUGACUGUUUAUGGUGUGAAAUAUAUCAUUUGCAAUGGUGUACAUUUGUUAUUUCUGCUCAUUGAAUUGCCACUGUGUGUCCAUUUUGAUUUUCAAUAAGGAAAGGGAUCAAUGAAUUAAAUAUUCCCUGAAAU